AUUUUAGUCGACUAUCGAUGUGUGUUGUUGAGAAAUACUUAAAAAUGUUUUCAACGCUAGUUGCACAUUGUUUACAAAAUGACCAAAGCUAACAAAACACCGCAGAAACUAAGUGAAACCAAUAUUAGUGUCUCCUUGACACCAGUACGAUAUCUCGACAGUCCCCGCCAGCAAUCGCCGUCAACAAGCCAUGAUUUAAACUUGGCCACCUGUAAAACGCGACUGGACAGCUUAACCAAGCAACUGCAGGAUAACUACGCCAAAUGGCAACUGGCCCAGCAGCGUGGCACCGCCAUUUGUUAUGCAAUUGAAGCCAAGAAGACCAAGUGCUUGGAUAAAAGCGACGACGAGCGGAGUAAAGCCUAUCCGGAUGACCUGAUCUCGCCCUGCAACAAGUUGGCCAUUAUAGCUUCGAUUUUCGGCGAUAUAGCGAACAACACAAAGGAGAUUCUACGGCAACUGAGAGCUAUUUCUAAAUUGCCUGGUUCUGCGAGAGAUACGAUAUUCUACAGAUCCUGGAAGUUGCCACAGUUUGUUGCAUUUACCAAAGAACUAGCGGAGAGGUACGAACAGGAAGCUCUGAUCAAAAGGGAUGUGGCAGAAAACAUUGCCCAUGCGAUCGAAAGAAGUCAACUGAUUGCCUACUCGACUUUCUGGGAGUUUCCCGAACACGUAGACACCUAUGUGCACUUAGGUUUCCUUCUUCUCUCCGAAGAACUUAAUUUAAAGCAAUAAACUAAGUUAAUUUUGUAUUUUAA